GGUUAUGUCCCCUUUUUGUUCCUAACAUUGCUGGUGUUCUCUCUUUUUGUCUUAAUUAUUUUGGCUAGUGGUGUGUCUAUUUUACUAGACUUUUCCAAGAACCAUCUUUUGGCUUUGCUGAUAAUCUCUCAUAUUACACAUUUGUUUUCUAUUUCAGUAAUCUCUGCUCUUUUGUUUUCAUCCUUUGAGAUUUUCUGCUGUUCUUUCUCUAACUUUUUAUGUUAAAUGAUCAGCCUAUGCAUUUCAGUCCUCCUUUUCUAAUAUAGGCAUUGAAGCA